GUGGAGCAGUGUACAGUGGAGCGGAGGCAGCGCGGCUCCGCGAGCUCCUCUCCACUUUCCCAUAGAGAGCCCCUGACUGGCCGCUGAGGGCGAGCCAUACACACGCCCUCGCGCCGCGGCGAGCCCGCGAGGUAGGCGCCCGCCAUCCGCAGCCUUCGCGGGCGCUCUCCCGCACUUUCUGUUUUCCGACUCACUUGCGAGCCGCCGGGGCUGCAGCCCGAGGACUCCGCGGCUGGAGCGGCGGCGGCGGCGGCAGCCGGUUACUAUCAUCUGACAAAGGCUCUGCUGCUGUUCAUCUUCCUGUGGACCUCCGUUUACCUUCUUCUCGGAAUCCUGCUGCAUCACAGAAGCCGGAAGUUCUGAUGUUCCAUUGAAAUCACAAUGGAAAGUCUUGACUUGACUGGACACAGUGAUGAAAGGCAGUAAUAGAAAUAAAGAACAUUCAUCAGAAGGAGAAGGGGCUGGAAAACGACCAAAACGGAAGUGUCUUCAGUGGCAUCCGUUGUUAGCCAAGAAACUUCUUGAUUUUUCAGAAGAGGAGGAAGAAGACGAGGAAGAGGAAGAUAUUGAUAAAGUUCAUCUUCUUGAGGCGGAUGGCCUAGAGCAAGAUGUUGGUGAAACUGAAGACGAUGAGUCACCAGAGCAGCGAGCUCGGAGACCAAUGAAUGCAUUUCUUUUAUUUUGCAAGCGUCAUCGCUCUCUUGUCCGACAGGAACACCCAAAGCUUGAUAACCGAGGUGCUACCAAGAUACUAGCUGAUUGGUGGGCUGUUCUUGAUCCAAAGGAAAAGCAGAAAUAUACAGACAUGGCCAAGGAGUAUAAAGAUGCAUUUAUGAAAGCAAAUCCUGGCUACAGAUGGUGCCCUACUACAAACAAGCCUGUAAAAUCACCAACACCCACUGUCAAUCCACGGAAGAAACUUUGGGCCUUCCCAUCUGACUCUUCAAGAGAUUUGCCGACCCCCAAGAAGGCAAAGACAGAAGAAAUUCCUCAGCUUAACUUUGGAAUGGCUGAUCCUACUCAGAUGGGAGGCCUGAGCAUGUUGCUGUUAGCUGGAGAACAUGCUCUUGGAACGCCAGAGGCAUCGACUGGGCCUUGCCGGCCUGAUAUUUCAGAGUCACCUGAGUUGCGUCAGAAGUCACCAUUGUUUCAAUUUGCUGAGAUAUCUUCAAGGACAUCCCAACGUGAGGGUCCUUCAAAACAGUGUCAAGCAUCAGCUCUGUUUCAGUUUGCAGAGAUUUCUUCAAGUACUUCACAGUUGGGUGGCGCUGAGCCCGUGAAACGCUGUGGAAAUUCUGCACUCUUUCAGCUGGCAGAGAUGUGUCUGGCAUCAGAGGGGAUGAAAAUGGAAGAAACAAAGCUAAUAAAUUCAAAAGAAUCAGAUGAUGGAAGAAUGAAAGAGAUGGAAAAGGGGAAGGAAGAGAGAGACAUAAAAGUGGAGAAAAACAAUGAAGCUGGGUUCCAGAAAGAAGCAGAAUUUGAGAAACCAUCUAAGGGAAAUAUAAGGGAGUCUAAGGACUUCAGAAACUUCGAAGAGCUACAAGUGGAUAAUGUAAUGGCUGUAAAAUUGGAAGACCCCAAAGAAAUGAGAAAGGAACCAGAGGAUGAUCAGAAAUACAGCCACUUCCCUGAUUUUUCUUACUCUGCCAGUAGCAAGAUAAUAAUUAGCGAUGUCCCCAGUAGAAAAGAUCACAUGUGCCACCCUCACGGAAUUAUGUUCAUCGAGGACCCCACCAUGCUAAACAAACCAGAAAAGAUAAAAAAGAAAAAGAAGAAAAACAAACUGGAUCGACAUGGAAGUGACAAAUCCACACCCAAGAAGACCUGCAAGAAGAGGCAGUCUUCGGAGUCCGACAUCGAGAGUGUCAUGUACACCAUAGAAGCUGUUGCAAAGGGAGACUGGGGUGUUGACAAGCUUGGAGAAACCCCAAGAAAGAAGGUCCGCACCUCCUCAAGUGGCAAGGGAGGCAUUUUGGAUGCCAAGCCACCAAAGAAAAAGGUGAAGUCAAAAGAGAAGAAGGCUUCCAAGGAGAAGUGCUCAGACAUCAUCAAGGAGUCACGACCUCCGGAUUUCCUUACUAUUUCUGCCAGCAAGAAUGCUCCUGGGGAGGGGCCAGAGGGCAUAAAAGCAGAGCCAUUGACGCCCACAGAGGAUGCACUGCCACCUAGCCUACCAGGGCAGACUAAGCCUGAGGACAGUGACUGCCACAGAAAAACAGAGACCUGUGGCUCCAGGAAAUCAGAGAGGUCUUGCAAAGGUGCUCUUUAUAAAACCCUGGUGUCAGAGGGCAUGCUCACCUCCCUGCGAGCUAAUGUUGACAGAGGGAAACGGAGCUCAGGAAAAGGAAAUUCCUCUGAUCAUGAAGGGUGUUGGAGUGAAGAGAGCUGGACAUUUAACCAGAGUGGGACCAGUGGGAGCAAGAAGUUUAAGAAGAAGCUAAGGGAAGACUCCUUCCUUGGUUCGGCAAAGCUGGAUGAGGAAUUUGAAAAGAAAUUCAACAGCCUCCCUCAAUAUAGUCCUCUUACAUUUGACCGGAAAUGUGUAUCUAUUCCAAGGAAAAAGAAGAAGACUGGAAACAUGUCCUCAGAAUCGACUAAAACCAGCAAAGGUCCUUUCCAGUCCCAGAAAAAGAACUUAUUCCACAAAAUUGUCAGCAAAUAUAAGCACAAAAAGGAGAAGCCUAAUGUUCCAGAAAAAGGAAGUGGGGAUAAAUGGUCACACAAGCAAUUCUUCUUGGAUGCCAUUCACCCUACAGAAGCCAUAUUUUCAGAAGACAGAAACACCACAGAGCCUGCUUAUAAGAUUAAAAAUGCCCUAUCCAUUCCCAACACUCCAGAGCCAGCAGCAAUGCAAGAACCUUUGGUGGGCAGCCAAAAGAGAAAAGCAAGGAAAACCAAGAUCACACACCUUGUCAGGACUGCAGAUGGCCGAGUAUCACCAGCAGGAGGUACCUUGGAUGACAAACCAAAGGAGCAACUACAUAGGAGUCUCCCUAAAGUGACUGAGACAUACUGCAGUGAUGAUUGCUCACACAAUACGGUUGAGGAGCCACGGAGCAGUACUCCGGAAAUGCCUGCUGUGUCUGCAUUCUUUAGCCUCGCUGCACUGGCUGAGGUUGCAGCCAUGGAGAAUGUGCACAGAGGUCAGAGGUCAACUCCACUCACCCAUGAUGGACAGCCAAAAGAAAUGCCACAGGCUCCUGUACUGAUUUCUUGUGCUGACCAGUGAAGCGCCCUUUAAUUGUAAAACAUUGUGCUUUACCUACUACCCUAGCCUUGUCUUUACCAGGGAUGCUGGCGAGUCCAUGUGGGAAGUACAGACUGCAGACAAGUGCUUGUUGUCCCACACAGCCCAGAAUCACUUGAAGCAAAACUUAGCAUUCUGGGCCCAUUUGUUGUUUCAGAAGCCACAAGUUCUGAGGGCAGUGUUACUGUGUGAUACUGAGCAAAAGCAAAGUGAUGUGCUUUGCAUGGAAGGAAGGCUUUUGAUGGUGACCAGUGGUAACUUGGUAAAAGGCUGCCUUUACUGUAGCUCAUCCAGCAUCUCUUUUACCAACCAGAGAGUGUGAAACUAGUUUCAUAUAUUACCUAGUUAUUCUUUCAAAACAAACAAAAAAACCCUGACGCACUGCACUAGUUAUUAUUAGAUAUUCUUAGUCUUUUGUACAUGAAGAUUUAAGUUCUAAGAUGGUUUAUAUAAUAGGUUAUACCUACAUUUAUAUUGUAGAAUAAAUAUUAAAAAGCCUGUACCAGAGACUCCUAAGCAGCAUGGGCAGGCAGACGUACCAUUGUUAGCGGUGUAUGCUCGGCCUUGUGGUCCAUAUAUUCUGCACUUUUAUAUUUGCCACCAGAAUGGUAGUGGUAGU